AUGAUAUUUUGCUGGUUUUUCAUAGGACAGCUCACUGCCAAGGUUCCGAGGGAGUACGAAGAAGUUGGUGAGUGAACUGAUUCGGAUUGCAUUGAACAAUAUAUAUGACUAUUGAUGCUUUGCAGAAAACCAGGACAACAUUCUGUUCACAGUCACGGAGCCGUACAUGCUGGCUUUCACGUACCAGAUGAAACACGCGUUCAUGCUUGGCAGUCACUUCCCUGACGGAGCCAACAAGACUUUGAAAGUGAGUGAGGCUUCCAGCUGGUGAGACAUGGCCAGACAGUCUGUAUUUGAACAGUCCUGAUCUUCCGAGUGAUUUGAUUCGUCAAAAUGAGGUGAAAACAAAAAAAACGGUCUGUGUUUUGGAAUAGAUUAUCUUUUGAACAAACACUGGUAAUCAUGCCUCGCCCCACACUCGAAAAAAAUAAAUCAAAGGGUAAUGAUUUUCAGAAUCUCGAGAUGGUUCUUGCUGAUCCCACAAACGGAUGCGAACCUCUACGCAAUGAAAUCUACGCGCCAACAGUCAUACUAAUGGAAAGAGGGUAAAUAUCGUCAUUUCGCACAGAUGAGAAAUAAUAUCGAGCCCUUCAGAGACUGCUCCUUCACCGAAAAAGCGAUGAACGGCCAGAAUGCUGGAGCUAGUGUGGUGAUGGUCACAGAUUCUCAAAAUUAUGGUUUGUCAAUGAUAGCGAUUCAAAAAAAAUGUAAAAUGUUUGCAGACUAUCGAUCUCGUCUUGACUACGUGAAUAUGAUUCCCGACGAAUCCCUGGAUCGGGCCGAUAUCCCAUGCGUUUACGUAGCGCCAGUUACUGGGUAAGAUCGUCCUUUUCAAAAAAUAAUAACUAUAUAGCGACUCAUUUUCAGACGUUUCUUCCGCGAUCAUCUGGAGGAAGGCGGCACCAUCCGACUGAACAUUCCCGUCGAGAAGAACCAUGCUCCGUGGGUGCAUCAUCAGCGAAAGGCUCCCUGGGAGAUCUGGCCGGAGGAAGAUCAUUAUUUCUGA